AAGCGUCGAUACCCCCGCACAUCCAAAAAGAAGAAUCAGAUGAUCGCCAGCAUUGCAUCUCAGGAGGCUCUAGAACGUUUCGUCGAGAAGGUGAUCGCUGCACGUGCAGCGCAUCAACAGAACCCAAGAGCUCGGCGUGUCCGAAUGUCUCCCUCCGAUCACCACUCGAUAGCCAAAUAUGCUCGAGCAACUGAUGAUCUUACAGUCUGGUUAAGUGAGCAUCAAGAUGACCCUGCUGUCGAGGACUUCAUUCCACGUCUCAAGGACCAUUUGCUCGCUCGAAUUCGUGGUAUUACAUACGACGGAGAUGAGCACGACUUCUCUGAUGCCGAUCGCGCAUCAGUCCUGAUCACCGACAACAAACUAUUUCGACAUAGUAUUUUACGG